CUCCUUUAGUGCUUACUUGAAUUUCAUGUGUUUCAUCAUUUUUGCAAAUACUAGGGCCUAUGUUUAUUAUCAUCCAAGUUGUUUGCAUAUUGCACGGAAGGGUUAAACACAACUAUUAUUUUUGACACAGAGGCCUCAUGCUCAUCAUGUUGUCAGUGAUAAUGGGAUGAACUAUCACCACCGCCAUUCUUAUAUCAGUAAAAUGUUGUCGAAAUAAUUUCCAAAAAUGUCACGUCUUUGCCGUAUCAGUGAGACCCAUUAUAUUGGCUAUCGGGGUCAUUUUGGCUUUUGCGGUUGUUCUGACCCGCUUUUAAGAUGCAGUGAUUAAGAAAGGGAGAAGGGGGGCACCACCGCUCGUUUUUAGAGUUACAAAAGACGACGUCCCCCUCUCGCGCGCCAGAAGCAAAGCCGCAGUUCGUAAUUGUGAGGCUCGGGAAGCAGGGAGGCAUGCGGUGGGCUUGCGCCUCAGGAUUUUUAAUGAAGAACAACAUUAAGACGCCAAUCAGGUGAUGGGUUUUCUCCUCAGUUAACUUGGAUACAGUGAACACCGGCGCUGCUUGACGACCUUACGGAUAUGAUUUUACCUCUGAUGCGAUGUGGACUGAUUAGUAUGAGCUCUAUCCUCGCUUUACUUUUGCCGCUGGUGCUAUUCGGUGGAUUCGUUUUUCCUAAGAACAUUUAUGAGCGGUCUCUGAUGCCGCGGGCUGUCUUACGCUCCGUCGCCCGCAUGGACGGUGAUAUCAUCAUCGGUGCCCUGUUCUCUGUGCAUCACCAGCCCUCGGCCGAGAAGGUUGCGGAUAGGACGUGCGGGGAAGUCAGAGAGCAGUACGGGAUCCAGCGGGUGGAAGCUAUGUUCCACACGCUGGAUCGCAUCAACGCCGACCCCAACCUUCUCCCCAACAUUACUUUGGGCUGUGAGAUCAGAGAUUCCUGCUGGCACUCGUCCGUGGCUCUGGAGCAAAGCAUCGAGUUUAUCCGGGACUCCCUCAUCUCCAUCCGCGAUGACCAGGACGGCUCCAAGUGGUGCAUCGACGGAAUUCCCUCUAGCCAGCCGCCGUCUACCAAAAAACCUAUAGCCGGAGUCAUUGGUCCGGGAUCGAGCUCGGUGGCAAUUCAGGUGCAAAACCUGUUACAACUUUUCAACAUCCCUCAGAUCGCUUACUCAGCUACAAGCAUAGACUUGAGCGACAAAACUCUUUACAAGUACUUCCUUAGGGUUGUGCCAUCCGACACACUUCAAGCUAGGGCUCUGUUGGACAUUGUGAAAAGAUACAACUGGACCUACGUGUCUGCCGUUCACACAGAGGGGAACUAUGGUGAGAGUGGCAUGGAGGCCUUCAAGGAGCUGGCCGCUCAGGAGGGCCUGUGUAUCGCCCACUCUGACAAGAUCUACAGCAACGCCGGGGAGAGGCACUUCGACCGCCUGCUGAGGAAGUUACGUGAGCGCCUCCCGAAGGCCAGGGUGGUGGUGUGCUUUUGUGAGGGCAUGACCGUACGCGGCCUGCUCAUGGCCAUGAGACGCUUGGGUGUCGCCGGAGAGUUCCUGCUCAUCGGAAGUGACGGCUGGGCAGACCGAGACGAGGUGGUCGAGGGUUACGAGCUGGAGGCCGUGGGCGGCAUCACCAUCAAGCUUCAGUCUGAGGAAGUGACCUCAUUCAAUGAGUACUUCCUAAAGCUGAAGCUCAACACCAACACGAGGAACCCCUGGUUUGCCGAGUUCUGGCAGCACCGGUUUCAGUGUCGCAUCCCAGGACACCCACAAGAGAACACCAACUUCUACAAGAACUGCACAGGUGAUCUAGGUUAUGAGAGCCUUGAGGAUAACUAUGUGCAGGACAGUAAGAUGGGGUUUGUCAUCAAUGCCAUCUAUGCCAUGGCUCAUGGCCUCCACGACAUGCACCAGUACCUGUGCCCAGGUGUGGUGGGACUGUGUGAGGCCAUGGACCCCAUUGACGGCAGCAAACUCCUGGAGUUCCUGCUGAAGACCACCUUUGCAGGCGUUUCCGGAGAAGACGUGUGGUUCGAUCACAAUGGUGACUCACCUGGCAGGUACGACAUCAUGAACCUACAGUACGUGGACUCAGGUAUGUUUGACUACAUCACCGUGGGCUCGUGGCACGAGAGCAUGCUGAACAUCGAUGACAACAUUAUCCAAAUGAACCGCAGCGAGAUGGUCCGCUCCGUCUGCAGCGAACCCUGUGACAGGGGCGAGAUCAAGGUGAUAAGGAAAGGGGAGGUGAGCUGCUGUUGGAUCUGCACGGCCUGCAAGGAUAAUGAGUUUGUCCAGGAUGAGUUCACCUGCAAGGCCUGUGACCUGGGCUGGUGGCCUGACGAGGACCUCCAAGUCUGUGAGCCCAUCAUCCUGCGGUACCUGGAGUGGAGCAAUGCCGAGUCCAUCGUGGCAGUGGUGUUCUCCUGCUGUGGCAUCUUAAUUACCAGUUUUGUCACCUUCAUCUUCGUCCUUUACAAGGACACGCCCGUGGUGAAGUCCUCGAGCCGCGAGCUGUGCUACAUCAUCCUGGCCGGGAUCUUCCUGGGCUACAUCUGCCCCUUCACCCUCAUCGCCCGGCCCACCGUGGCCUCCUGCUACCUGCAGCGCCUCCUGGUGGGCCUCUCCUCCUCCAUGUGCUACUCGGCCCUGGUGACCAAGACCAACCGCAUUGCCCGCAUCCUGGCCGGCAGCAAGAAGAAGAUCUGCACGCGCAAGCCGCGCUUCAUGAGCAUGGGCGCUCAGGUGGUCAUCGCCUCCAUUCUCAUCAGCGUCCAGCUCACCCUGGAGGUCACGCUCAUCAUCAUGGAGCCCCCCUCCCCCAUCAAGUUCUACCCCAGCAACCGUGAGGUGUUCAUCAUCUGCAACACCUCCAACGUGGGCAUGGUGGCACCGCUGGGCUACAACGGCCUGCUCAUCCUCAGCUGCACCUACUACGCCUUCAAGACGCGCAACGUGCCGGCCAACUUCAACGAGGCCAAGUACAUCGCCUUCACCAUGUACACCACCUGCAUCAUCUGGCUGGCCUUCGUGCCCAUCUACUUCGGCUCCAACUACAAGAUCAUCACCACCUCCUUCUCCGUCAGCCUCAGCGUCACCGUAGCGCUGGGCUGCAUGUUCAGUCCCAAGAUGUACAUCAUCCUUGCAAAGCCUGAGCGGAACGUCCGCAGCGCGUUCACCACGUCGGACGUGGUGCGCAUGCACGUUGGCGACGGCAAGAUAGCCUGCCGCAGCAACAGCCUUAUGAACAUGUUCAAGAGGAAGAAGGAUGGCGCCGGAAAUGCCAAUUCUAAUGGAAAGUCUGUAUCAUGGUCUGAACCAGGUUCAAGACAUCCUCCGAAAGGAGAGCACAUGUGGCACAGACUAUCAGUUCAUGUGCGGAGGCAGGAGACCAGCUCCAAUCAGACAGCAGUCAUCAAACCCUUAACUAAUACCUGCCAAAACACUGGACUGGACUUCUCAGACCUCAGCACCAAGACUCUGUACAACGUGGCUGAGGAGGAAGAGGGUGAGCCACUCCGAUACAACCCCCCUCCACCCAGCCCCCCCUUGACAGCCCACAUCCAGCCGUCGCCCCGGCAACUGCCUCUCAAGCUGGUGGGCGGAGGGGGGGCAGACCUGGAUCAGUUCUAUGCCCCUGAGCUGCCUCCGAGAAGCCCCCUCCCCCAGUACCUCACCGCCCACUCCCCGCUGGAGGGGUCGACCCGCUUCUUCCCCAGCCCCAACAGGAGCGACAUGAUCAGCCUGCCCGGCAACGGAGGCCGGCCAGUCUACCACCAGUCCCCACACCUCAUCCAGUCCCAACCGGCCUUGCCCCUACACAUGGGCGACUACAGCGAGCCGAGCUCCCCUCUGGAGGACGAGGAGGGCGAGGGGGAGGAGGAACGCUUUGGCCUCCUGCAUGGCUACAUGUACAACAAUGCCCAGAUCCACGACGAAGAGGAGCUGGUCAACAUCAAGAUGGCAAUGGAGGACUCACUGGCACUCAUGCCGCCCUCCCCUUUCCGAGACUCGGUGGGUUCUGGGAGCCCUGUGCCCAGCUCUCCGGUCUCCGAGUCGGUGUUGUGCACUCCUCCGAGUCUAACCUACGCGUCUGUCAUCUUAAGAGACUAUAAACAGAGCUCCUCUACGCUGUGAACGUGGUGAAAACCCCCAUGUGUUCAGUGCAAUGCAUCAUCUCAUUCACCUCAGCUCAACACGUUUGGAGGAAAUACUUACCCUCAUGAUCCGAACAAGUUGGUGUUUACAGGAACCUUUUGAACUUUGAAUCACAAGAUCAGACAUUCAAUCCCAGUGAACAAUCCUCACUACACCAAUCUUUUGUUUCUUCAGUUAAUCCCUGUUUCCCAAGUCACACCAUGUCACAGCAUGCUAAGCCACAGUUUUCAAGCUAUUAUGAUACAUAUAAUUGUUUAUUAAUUCUUAUGGAAACAUGCACAGACAUGCACUCGACACAAACACAUGCAUAAGCACACAGGCAUGAACAUACACUUGCACAGAGGGGCAUUCACGCACAUACACACACACACACACACACACACAUACACACACACACGCACACACGCACACACGCACACACACACACACACACACACACAAGAUUCAUAAAUACAUACAUAUGCACACAUUUCAGUGUGACAGUUCCAUUUAGCGUUCAGUUGUGAAAGUAUUUCUAGUAGUUGAGAGUGAGACUAAAUCCAAAGGUUACGAAGCCUUUUCAGGUCAGAGUAUCAGUAGCAGUUACGGUGUGUUCAUGUGAUGGAAGACUUGGUUUGACAGCGUCUCUGCCAGGUUAUGCUAUGUAUGAAUGUCUACUGUCAAUUAUAUUAAAGGACUAAGAAGGAACCUUCCAGAAACCAAACGUGUGAGUUAGAUAAGACGUUACAGAUAGGGAUUAUAUUAGUUGCACAUAUUCAGACACAACCGUUUUGACUUUUUAUGGUCAUAAAAUAUAAAUUAUUUCUUAGACAUGCUAUCCUCUUUUUGACAAACAUGAUGGCUUUUUUUAUGAAAAGGACAGUUAAUUCCAGUGAUAAUGUUUCAUAUGUAAAUGGAGAGACGCGCUAUAUAAAGAAUACUCAUCUGUUUUAUUUGAAUGUGUUUAUCACACUCAAUGCAAUAAUGCAGUUCAGUUUCAACAAAAUAAAGAAAUUAAACAGUAGAUAUUUUAUGUAAACUACUUAUGAAAUGAACACCAUUCUGUGUUUAAAGUAUAGCAUCAUAUUCUUCUGAAACAAUGGCAACUGUACAUGUGGUAGCAAAUUGGGGUAUACUGUACAUAUAUAUAGAAAGAGAAUAUAGCAUACAUGCCAUUUAAAUAAAACAUUACAGACAUGGCAAGCUAGAGAUAAUGUUAAAGUGCCAACCUAACUACUGUCUAUGUCAUUGUAAUAUUAAUUUGCCUAAUUUAUUUUCUAACAUUUGUAAUAUUAUGAUACAUAUGAGAUUACAAUUUGUCCAUAAUUGUAUGUUUUUAAUGAGAUUUCUGAAUAUUUUAAGAUAAUAAUAAUAAUAAUAAUACUGAAUACUGACUUGUCAUAAAAUAUUUAUUGAAUGUAUAGGCUUGUGUUGGGGUAACGUUUAGGGUAUCAAUUAAGUUGUGGUAGUGUGAAAUGUUUUAAGUUUUCUAUUCAGUAAAAAAUACUUUUGGUAUUUGCAUACAUUAGGCCUAGUACCUGUUUUCUGAGUCAGUAUAUUAGUUGUGAAGAUGAUAUAUUUAAACGUAAUCAAUGCUAUGAUGAUUUUGUAAAAUAAAUUGUUGUGUAGCUAUCAAAUAUAGACUCAGUAAUAAUGCCAUGUGUUGUUCAAAACAAGGAUAUUUGUAUCAUUUCAAGAACAUCACCAACAUUGCCAUAGCUACGAUUACAGUGUUUUGUCAAAGUAAAUGAUAUUAAAUAUUUUUUGUACGA